UAUUAUUUUUAGGACACUGUGGAGGGUGAGUGUAACGUGAUGAUGGAGACAUCCUUUGAGAAGUUGUAUGAGAAGGUUGACCUAACUUUAUUGAACCAACUGUUACAUACGUCUCAUCGUUGAUCAUAACAUUGCUGAUUACGUGGCAGCAAAGAACAACAUGGUCAUCAAUUAUAAGGACAUGAAUCACAGUAAUUCUUACGGUAUUAUAAGAGGACUCCAGUUUGCCUCAUUCAUAGUACAGUAUUAUGGGUUGGUUCUUGAUCUAUUGGUAUUGGGCCAGGGAAAUGGCCGGACCUCCUCAGCUACCAAACAAUUUCUUAACAUAUCAAGACAUGGACACCAAGGCUGUUCCCCCUAUUAGAUUAUACUCACGUUAUAUUGACAGGGUACAUGUAUUCUUCAGGUUUUCAGUUCAUGAUUUUAAAGACCUCAUGCAGUGUUACCUGAUGGAGCACCCUGACCCUAACGAUGAGAACAGUGUCGGAUACAAUGACAAGAAGUGCUGGCCAACGGACUCCAGAAUGAGACUGAUGAUGCAUGACGUUGACCUACAUUUGAAGGUAAUUUAAUGACAAAGCCGAUUAAUGGAGCCAUUUUUAUAUUCAAUCCAUUAUCCAUACUUCAGUUGAGUGGGACAGAAGCGUCUGGGGCAGAAGACAGCAGAAGAAGUGGUGGCUCUCAUUCGGUCGCUACCAGUGGAGGAACAACCCAAACAAAUUGUUACUAGAAAAGGAAUGCUUGAUCCACUAGAGGUACACUUGUUGGAUUUUCCUAAUAUAGUCAUAAAAGGUAGUGAUUUGCAGCUGCCGUUUCAAACCUGUUUGAAGGUAGAGAAUUUAGGUGAUCUUAUAUUGAAGGCCACUGAACCUCAGAUGGUAUUGUUCAAUUUAUGUGAUGACUGGUUGAAGAGCAUACCAUCAUACACUGAUUUAGCUGAUGCUAUUUUUUGGGUUGGGUAUCCUGGUCAAUCUGGAGGUCAGGCUAUUGCUGAAAUACUUUAUGGAGAAAUGAAUCCAUCAAGGAAGACUACCUCUAACAUUUGUAUGAGGAAGCAUCUCUUUACAUUAACUGAUUAUACUUCUUUUCAACUCUUUCUUGGUCCCUCCUACAGUAUCCAGUUAAUAAUAGGACUAAUAAAAUGGAUAAUGUUACAGAAAUCGUGAUCAGUGAUUCUGUUGAUAUCAACAGUGAUUUUGAUUUCACUGUCGUUAACACUGGUCCCUUGCCUAGGGCUAUAUCUGUACUUGGAUAUGUAUCUUCUAAUUUUCCUGAUGCUCCUUUAAGAGAAUUAUUUGAUUUCACUGGUGAAUAUGACAUUUUUAUUGAAAAUCUCUUACAAAAUAAUGAUAAAACAUAAUUGAAACAUUGUCAUGUGCCUAUUUUUGUAUUUUUUAAAUUCAGUUCUUAUUGCUCAUUUCAA